AUGGAAUUCGAAAAGUAAUUACACAGAAUUCAUGAAAGAAUACUAUCAGGAUUAGGUCUAAGAAAAGCUGUUAAAGUUGGAACCUAUCUUUUCCCAAUAUUAACAGUUUUGGGUCUCUUAUUCAUUUUCUUAUUAUAAUUCAGGGAAUAAUAUAAUGACUUUUUAGACAAAGAAAAAUAGGGUAUUUGUCAAAUUAUAGUAUAGAGUAAUUUAAUGAUGAAACUAUCUACAUUUUCAAUAUCACAAAUUCUGAAUUAAAAGAAAAAAAUGAAUCAUUCCUCUCAAUGAAAUUUACAAUUAAUAAGACAUUUCUAUAUAUGAAUAAUGAAUUUCAAUAGAAAUACAAUUUCUCUGUUGUAACUAAUUUUAUUGAUGUGGAUUUCUACAUGAGCGGAUUUAAUUCUAUUUUUUUUUUAGCAACAAAUUUAGAAACAAUGUUUAUAAUUGAUUUUAUUGAUUUUUAUUAGAAGACUGAUAUACAACUUUUAAAUCAAAAUACAAAUGAAACUUGGAGUUGGAAUGUGGAACAAUUUGAAAGUUAAAUAUUAUUAUUUACAUUAGAAAAAAAUGUACUUCCUUUCAAUUAAAGAAUUUAUACAACAAUAACUAUAUUAGUUAAAUGUAUUUUAGGAAUAUUUCUAUAAUCAAUUAUAGCUUCAAUUUAUAUGAAAAUGUCAAUCAUUUGUGCUCCUAUUUUAAUUAUAUAUAUGGGUAUUUGUUUCUAAUAUAUGAUAUAAGUCACUUGUAUGUAAAUCUGUCAAAAUGAAGAUAUCUAAGCAUAAGUAUUAAUUGGUGCAUUUCCUUGGGUAGGAUAAUAUUUGAAUAUUUUAAAUAGAAAUAACAAAUUGAAAUAAGAAUUGCUUAAUUCUUUUAUUUAAAUGUUAAUUUUAUUUUACUUGCUUUACUUUUUUUAAUUUAGUGGCUAUAGUGGUUCAAUAUAGUUAUUUGCUAAAAGUUACCCAAUAGGAUUAAAUGAAAACUUUUUAUCGUAAGUAUAUAAAUUAAUUAGAUCAUUCCUAUUAAAUGAAUUUAUGAGUAUUAUAUUUUUAAGAACUAGAUCAUCCCUUUAUUUUGUUCCUAAAUACAUAGUUCUUACAUACUUACUAUUCAUAUUUUAUUUUCAAAGUACAACUUAUGGAUAUUACAAUCUGGCCUUUUAAAUUUGCAUUUUUUCAUAGUUAUCAAUAGUAUCCUUUUUUUUUCUUUAUUUUGAAAUACCAGCUCUUAAUUGGUCAACAAUAUCUCCAUAUACACCUUCAUUUGAUAGGCCUAGGGUAUAUUACAGUCCAAUUUUCAAUAUGAAUUGGAUUAAUGAUAUUCCAUCUUUAUGGACUAUGUUUUACCCUCUUUGUGGAAGAAGGUAUUUAUAAUAUAACUUAAAUUUAGAUAUUUCUAACUUUAAAAUCUAGCACUUGUAGAUAAAAAUUAUGUAUUAUUAAAUAAUUUAUUAAAUUAAGAGGAUAUUGAGAAUAUUCCUGAAUAAGUUCCUAAUUUAAUAGCUUAGGAUCAUAUACUUUAACAACAACAAUAAUAAUAAUAAUAAUAAUAAUAAUAACAAUAAUAAUAACAACAACAACAAUAAUAAUAAUAAUAACAAUAAUAAUAACAAUUAUAAUAAUAAUAACAACAAUAAUAAUAACAAUUAUAAUAAUAAUAACAACAAUAAUAAUAACAAUUAUAAUAAUAAUAACAACAAUAAUAAUAAAUCAAUCAACCAUAAAUUCAAGAUGUCAAUUAGUAGUUUGUAAUCAAUUUUGAUGCUAUACUUGGAAAUGAUUAACCAUUACAAUAAAAUUAACUUUUGUGA